ACUGCGAGCAGUGCUGGUGAUCAGUUGUAAGUUACGCUACGCGAAAGAGCUUAAAGCUGCGCUUACUUGAGCUUAAAAGCACACAUACGCAUUAACAAUGAGCAGCGCGCCUCAAACUGGCGGCGGCGGCGGCUUUCGCUGCACUCGCAAACUAACAUUGGCCAUGAGCGGCGGUGUUUUAAUUUUGGUGAUCGCAUUGACUGUUGGCCUCUGCGUGGGACUCAGCAGCAGCGACGAUGUCGUAACAGAGGACACGCCUCCAUUUAGCAUUGAUCACACAGCGAACACAUUUCUCCUGAAUGGAGAACCUUUUCGAUAUGUCUCUGGAUCAUUCCACUAUUUCCGUGCCCUGCCCGAUGCCUGGCGAAGCCGUCUGCGCACAAUGCGAGCAUCAGGUCUCAAUGCCUUGGAUACCUAUGUUGAGUGGUCGCUGCACAAUCCACACAAUGGCGAAUACAACUGGGAGGGCAUCGCCGAUGUGGUGAAGUUUCUAGAAAUUGCGCAAGAGGAAGACUUUUAUAUCAUACUUCGCCCCGGCCCAUAUAUUUGCGCAGAGCGUGAUAACGGUGGUUUGCCCCACUGGCUCUUCACCAAAUAUCCGGAUAUUAAAGUGCGCACCAACGAUGCGAAUUACAUUAAGGAGGUGGGCAUUUGGUAUGCUCAGCUUAUGCCACGGUUGCAGCAUUUGCUGAUUGGCAACGGUGGCAAGAUUAUAAUGGUGCAGGUUGAGAAUGAAUAUGCAGCAUAUUAUGCUUGUGAUCACGACUAUUUGAAUUGGUUGCGCGAUGAGACCGAAAAGUAUGUGGAUAAUAAAGCGCUGCUCUUUACCGUCGAUAUACCCAAUGAAAGAAUGAGCUGCGGCAAGAUUGAGAAUGUGUUUGCCACCACAGACUUUGGCAUCGAUCGCAUAUUUGAGAUCGAAAACAUUUGGAAAAUGUUGCGUGAACUGCAGCCAACUGGUCCGCUGGUCAACUCAGAGUUUUAUCCCGGCUGGUUGACGCACUGGCAGGAGACGAAUCAGCGACGCGAUGGCCAAGAAGUGGCCGAUGCCCUAAAAACAAUACUCAGCUACAAUGCUAGCGUUAAUCUCUACAUGUUCUUUGGUGGCACCAAUUUCGGCUUCACGGCCGGCGCCAACUACGAUCUGGAUGGUGGCAUUGGCUAUGCGGCGGAUAUAACCAGCUAUGACUACGAUGCUGUGAUGGAUGAAGCGGGUGGCGUGACCACAAAGUAUGAGCUGGUCAAGCAGGUGAUUGGCGAGGUGCUGGAAUUACCGCAGAUAACUCUUGAACCGGCCAAGCGUUUGGCCUAUGGCAAAGUGGAGUUGACGCCUGCCUUAGAGCUGCUCUCGCCUGAAGGACGUGCUGCGCUGUCCAAGGGCACACCUGUCAUCGCAGAGAAACCCAAAUCCUUUGAGGAAGUCGAUCAAUACUCUGGACUCUUGUUGUACGAGACAACGCUGCCCGACAUGGAUCUGGAUCCAACACUCUUAAAGGUGGAAGAUUUACGCGAUCGCGCUCAUGUCUUUGUAGAUCGCCAAUUGGUGGGCACACUGUCUAGGGAGGCGCGUAUCUAUCAGCUGCCCUUGAGCAAGGGCUGGGGCAGCACGCUGCAGCUUUUGGUCGAGAACCAGGGACGCAUCAACUACGAUCGUGCCAACGACACCAAAGGUAUCUUUGGCCAGAUAACAAUGCAGUUGCACAAUGGUGGCGACUUGCCCCUAGAGAACUGGACGACCACAGCGUUUCCUCUAGAGGAAGCUACCAUCGCAGCCUGGCUUGCGAAGCGUGCUGACGUUGCUCUUGAUCCCAAAAUUGCCGAGCAGCGUUUGUUGCGCACUGGUCCCAUUGCGUAUACAGGAAGUUUUUCGGUUCAGGAAGUAGGAGACACUUAUCUCAACAUGGCUGGCUGGGGCAAAGGUGUUGCCUAUGUAAAUGGCUUUAAUCUGGGACGCUAUUGGCCGCUGGGAGGUCCACAAAUUACACUCUAUGUGCCCAAUGAACUCCUGAAAGUGGGUGAGAAUUCGUUGGUACUUUUGGAGUAUCAGCGAUGCAAUAAGACCGUCAAUGGAUCGGAGCUGCCUGCGGUGCAAUUGGAUGCAGUGGCUCAGUUGGAUGGUGAGUCCAACGAGGCACCGCAGAUCACUAAAAAGUCGACUUAGAUUUAUAGUUUGCAAGCGUUUGUUUAUUUAAUUCGAAGCAAUAUUUUAAUUUUGCUGUUAAAUUAAUCUUAG